AUGAUGGCUGAUGGCUGGGAUGCAAGCGCAAUUUCGGCUGUGGCCGCUCUAAUCGUCGCACUCUUCGCACUUCUAGUCGCUACUGCUCAAGCACUGCAGCAAUACCUAAUCACCGGUCAACUCAUCCGUCUUUGCGACAGCGUCGUGUUUGGUCCUUUGCCAGGCCAGGGCUACCGCGUUUGGCAGUUCUCCCAGUUUCGCUUCCGAGUACUGUACUCAAUUCCUCAGAUCAAUCUCGAUGCCGAUCUGUGGCCAAAGGAAAGCCCGCAUAUCAAGUCUUAUGCUAUCGGCUCCUCAGUCGAGAUUGUAUCGGAUUAUAGAGUACCUGUCAACAGGAGGGGUACGGCAGGUAGAGACUCACGGACAAGCAGCGAAGCUUGGAGUUCCUCAGAUCGCUCACGCCUCAAUCGAACCUGUUGGGCUUGUUGGGACUCGGUAAGACUUUGGCUGCGCCUUAAGUUCCGAAACAAGGGCUCUGGCGAAAUACAGACCAGCAGCGACUCUUGGAGCUCAUCGACUGGCUCUGACUACAAUUAUUGGGACUUCUUGGGCAUUUGGCUGCGUCGCAAGUUUGGAAGAGCCCACUCAAUCUUGCCGCCGGCAAAGAAGAAAAAUCCAGCCUCUGUAUCCCAUGAUGCCUCCGUGGGCGAGGCAUCCUGGGUCUCAUUCUGCAAAGCCAUCAACAGUUCAUGUGGAGGAUCAGUGAGAUACCGUUCUGUGACUUAUGACGCCGACAGAUGUCCCUCUGAUCUCGUUACGGCACCGAUGCAAAUAUCCAUGAGAGACAUUGCCGUUAUGGGAUUGACAGCGGGUAUGAAAAUCACAGACUGUUCAUUCACGGAAAAGUCCCUCUCGAUGCAAGGCGCCAUCGGCACGAUCACCAGCUCCAACCAUCCUAUUCUCGGGCCGAUACUUCACUUCACUCCCAGAGCCAUUACCUCACCCUUGCCACGAUCACUGCCUCCAUGGAGCGAUGAUGAUAGAGGAGUCGUAAAUAAACGCUGGCUGGCUCGGACAUGGGAUGUCUGCACUGUUGCCAAGGUGCCGUUCAACUCGCUCAAGAGACGUACCACUAGACGUCUUGACGACCGAUGGACCAGUUAUCAAGAUCCCAGCCCGUAUUACAGGCAUCGGGAGGAGAGAAGAGGGUUCAAGAUGGCUGGAAUUGUUCCAGUCGAUGCGGAUCAACACGAGGGCGGCCGGAAGAAGAAGAAGAAGAAGACAAAAGUCAAGAGAUCAGAUAGGACGGGGACUGUGUCCAUGAGUCGCCGGCCCCAAGACGGUAAUUGGUUCAUUAUAGAGCCGCCACGCCCGCCCGCUCAAGCAGCUGCUAGGGAGGGUAAUGGGAAUAACGAGAAGGAUGAAGACCACGGAGGAAUUGGGGAUGAUAACGAAGGGCGGGCGACACCGGUACACCAGUCUCCGUCGGCAGCUGAACUCAACUCCUCCAAGGAACAAGAUACGGCUCCUACGGAAGAACUGCACCAGGAGCUAUCUGGAGACAACUUAACCUCCCAACAUGGCCAGCCAAGUGGCCAAAGUCCAGUGAGAGAAAAGUGGUCCGAAAUGUAUCCAGGCGACUCCGACAACUCAUCUCAUCACGAUGCAAAAGGAAAGGGGCAAAGAGAUGAUAUCGCAGCAACACCAGCUACCGAGCCAUUGGUAUAUGGCCACUCAGAGAAAGAGCAAACAGCGCUUGACACGGGCCAAGAUGGACGUCGUUCUCAAAGGACCCCGUUAAGACCUGACGAGCUGAAUGUAGCCGCUGCUCAAAGUAAUGGAGGGGGCAUCCCUGCUACAUUUGCUCGGCCGGUCACUCGUCUCCUUCUGACGCAGACACCACACUGGGAUACAUUGCCAGAAGGAACUCCGCAAAACACGAGUCACAGAGAACCAGACAUUCGCCAACCUCGGAGAAGAGCCACGGUCGAGGACGUACCUGAUAGCGGCGAUGAAUUCGCAUCUGACCCCGGAAGACCGCUAGGUCCGGAGAUACUGGACCGAGGGCAUGCCGCCAAGAAGCGACAAGAGAGGAGGAAUAAACGUAGCCGAAAGAUACAGAAGGACAAGGCUAUCGUCGAGGAGUCAGGGACGAGCGACAGCAGGCCUCAGUUCUUAUUGACCUACUCGGGAGAGGGACUAGGCUCGGAGCCAGAAACAAAAGAAGAUAAAGCUCAUGCAAGAGAAGCAGAACGACGACGCAGACGAGAAGAGCGAGAGCUUGAACGCGACAGACGGAACAGAUCUCGAGGCAACGUUGUUUCUCUCAAUCGAAUGGAUAUGUAUUGGUUCUGCCAGGUGGAUAUCUACCAGGGCUUCCGGGCUACACCGUGGAGACCCGACGUACCGACAGAUACAUCACUAGUCGGCGCCGUCACUGUCAUUCUGGAAGCGUUGCUGGAGUUUCUGGAAGACAAUGUCAGCUUGGUAUACUGCAAUCCCAGUCGUUUCUACACAACUCGAGACUGGAUUACGUACGGUGGUAUAUCAUACCCAGCGUACGCAAGUAAUGCCCGUGGUGGUGUUAUUGCUAGGGGUUCAUACAAGGGCGUACGAGUUCCAGCACUCCAGUACAGUGUUCCAGCGCUGGAAUUGUUGCAUUCAUAUGAAUGGCAGGUGUCCAGCUAUCUGCAUGACCAAGAGCGCUAUUGCGAAGACUUGAAUAUUGAACUAAUGCGAAUCGACGCUUGGCUUUCGUACGUCGGUCGCACAGAAAGAAUUGCAAAUGGGCCCACGGACUUGUUGAAGGGAGCACCAGCGCUUGUGCUGCUGCUUCAGGCAGACUUUGAAGUGGAUUUCAUGAACAUUGAUCUGUCUGCUAAGGAGGGUGGUCAUCAGGAUAUACAGGGGUUAGCUGAUAACGUGAUGGACUUUCUUACAGAUGAAGAGCUCGAUGAGGCUGAGCAGUUGUGUAUAUUUGUUGCACUCCUCCGCGCCGUCAAGAUACAAAGCUUCAGUCCCAGUUUCAAGGCAAAGAUGAAAUUCACUCUAUUCUCUGGCACGCCGGGCCAAUCACCUCUUCCAGAAAACCCACAAUCCGACCCCUUCGAACUCGUCGCUAUUCCCGGCCCCGACAUCUGGAGAACUCCCUCUUGCGCUGGAGGCCGCGAUGACUUCACCGGACCAAUCUACGCAACGCCCCUCCCCCUAAGUUCAUUCAAAAGCGCAAAAGUCACUAUAUCCUCGGACUUUCCCGGGAAUUACUCUCAAGGGGGUCUUAUCCUCUUCAUGCCCGAAACCACUCAAACCGGCCUGACGGAAUCACCACGAACAUGGAUCAAAGCCGGUAUCGAGACAGUCGACGGCGAAUUCUUUGCUUCUGUCGCUGCUGCGAAACCGUAUUCGGACUGGAGUUUGGUUAGGUUGGAGGAUAGUUGUGCUACUUUUGAGAUGGAGAAGGUGAAGGGGUCGCUUUGGAUUUAUGUUACGGAGAGGGAUGGGAGGAGGACGCCUGUGAGGAAGAUGACUUGGGUUGUUGAUGUGGCUCCGGAGAAUGAUAUCUGGAUUGGUGUUGCGGCUUGUAUGCCCAAGGGUGAUGAGAGUGAGAGCGAUGGGGUGUUGAAGGUGCAGUUUCGAGACUUUUCUAUCACAACAGAAUAG